AGUGAAUGAAUGAGUGGGGAGACAGUCAGGGAGGGGAGGAGCCUCCCCCCCCCCCCAAUUUGCCCACCAACCAAAGAUAUAAGCCCUAGGCUGAGAGAGAGAGCUCACUCACAGAGGCAACGGCCAGAAACACCUGGGAGAUCACAGAAGCCCAGCUGGGUCCCGGCAUCCCUUCGACAUCCAGAUUCCUUCUCCGUCCUACCUCCUUGUCACAAUGGUUGCCUCUCCGAAACCCUGGUCCCUCAUGAUGGCGGUGACCCUGUGCAUCUUGUUCUGCUUGGGAGCCUUAGUCGAUGCCUACCCUCCCAAGCCAGAGAGCCCCGGAGACGAUGCUUCCCCCGAAGAAAUGGCCAAAUACUUCUCGGCUCUUCGGCAUUACAUUAACUUGGUGACAAGGCAGAGGUAUGGCAAGAGAGCUAGCCCAGAGACCUUGAUGUCAGAGCUCAUUUUUGGAGACAGCAGCAGCAGCAACGACCAUAAUGGCAGAUCACGAUUCGAUGAUUCCUAUAUGUGGUGACGACCUUCUCGCUCCUCACCCCAAAAGCUCUGUCGGUUCCGAUUCUUUUGUGUCAUUUGCAUUUUUCUGAAAAACAAUCAAGUCUUGAUAAACUGAUCCCUUUCUUUAGAGCUCCUGUCCAUUCCCAAUUCUCUAACCCCCUCUCCCCGCCCCCCAGGACCUGUGGCUCUGGAAAGUAUCACUUUGGGUAUUAUCAGCCAAUGAGGAGGCCACGCCUCCUUUUUCCCAUAAGCCAAUCAGAGGGCACUGCAGAAGAUCGUAGCACCUGGGGCAAGAUGGGGUAUGAGUAUCUUUGGUGGUGGCUUGUGUAGUACUUGUAAUGUUGUCUGUUGUUCACUCGUCAGUGCAAGACCCCCACCAUGUCCUCCCUGGGAUAAUCUUUAUUUUAUACGUUGUUUAUAUGUGUGUGUGUGUGUGUGCACAUGAGCGAAGGAGUGUAUGUAUAUUUAUAUAUGUAUGUAUUUUAAAUGAAUUUCCUCUACAUCCACAAUAAAGAGCAAGUUUAAUGGAAA